AUGGAAGAACCCAGGAGCAACAACCAAGCGCUGCUUUCACGGAGGGAGAGUCUUCUCGCUGCUCUGGGUCGGGCUGAGGCAUUUCUUGAGGCCUACGAUGCUGCGAGGGACGCAAGACAGGUUCAGAUUCGGCUGGACCACAUAGAAAACGUUUGGGCUAGGUUGGAGGACGUGCAGACGGAGUUGGAGUCCAUCGAGCAGGACGAACAAGAAAUUCAGAAGUUUCAUUACUUGAAAGCCGCAGUGAAAGGGGAAGCUGCACAGCUAAUUGAAACGAUCGCAAUCAGUGCAGCGAACUACAACUUGGCUUGGGAUACUUUGGUAAAGCGCUAUGCGAACGAUUAUCUUUUGAAGAAGCGACAUUUGCAGGCACUCUUCGAUAUUCAACGCAUGAAGAAGGAGACAUCAUCGACGCUGCACGCCUUGGUGGACGAGUUCGAACGCCACACGAAGACCUUGAGGCAGAUGGGGGAACCUACCGGUCAAUGGAGCAGCAUUCUUGAGCAUCUGCUCUGUACUCGGCUACAUGACGACACUCUCAAGGCGUGGGAGGUGCACGCAUCGACCGUGGAGAAUCCGGACUAUCCGUGCCUCAUCGACUUUUUGCAGCGACGAGUACGUGUGCUGGAAUCUAUUUCAGUCAACCACCAUGCGCCUCCAUCCGUUCCAAGUUCCUCGCAUCAUGGGGCAAAACGACAGCAGCAGUUUCGGCUUACUUCGUGUGCUUCUACUACCAAAGUGGGGGUUAAAUGUCCAGUGUGCUCGCAAGAGCAUUACAUCAGCAGGUGCCAAAAGUUCCUUGGUCUCUCGGUGGCACAACGUCAGCAACUUUCUAUGAAGAAGCGACUCUGCCACAACUGUUUGAAAGGAGAACACAUAGCGAAAAAUUGUUCGUCCGACUUCAACUGCAAACAUUGCAAUCGACGCCACCACUCUCUUUUGCAUGCCGGUACUGGCGAUGGAACCCAGGGAGCCACUUCUGACGCACCCGUCCCGAGUACAUCUGCUGUGGUACAGGCUCACCAAAAUCGUCCAACUUCUUCGAUGGGAAAUCCUAUUCAAUCUGCGGUCGCAGCCAUCGAAAAUGUUCCAGAUUGUGAAGUCAGCGUUCCGAUUCAACAUCCCAAGGAGAACGUCUUUCUUCUGACAGCUCUGGUGAGAGUCGUUGAUGCCUUUGGUCAGGGUCAUCGCGUUCGUGCACUUUUGGACAGCGGAUCGCAGCCUGACAUCGUCAGUGAGCGUAUGGCCCGUCAACUACGACUGAAGAAAACAAAUGUGGAUGUGACUAUACAGGGAGCCGGCCAGCUUGAGCAGUCGGUACGUGAGUCCAUCGUGGCGCAAGUCAAGUCAAGGAAUGGAAACUUCGAAGCCGAAAUCAAGUUCUUAGUCAUGAACAAGGUAACAGCAAAUCUUCCGGCGCACGACAUCUCCACUGAUGAUUGGCAGAUUCCCGAAGAGUUAGCCCUUGCUGAUCCUGGAUUCAACAAGAGCCAGCGCAUCGAUAUGGUUCUCGGGGCAAAACAUUUUCAAUCCUUCUUCCCCAGCGCCGUUCGCAUUCAUCUUGGUGAACAUCGUCCGCUACUUGUGAAAAGCGUCUUCGGAUGGGUGGUAACCGGUUCUGCACUAACACAGCCCAAUCAAUCGCCCACUCCAUAUUCUCUCUCGUACAGUAUCCUGAACGUUUCAACGGUAACGUUAGAGGAGAGUAUCGAACGUUUUUGGAAAACGGAGGACCUGUCAAUGAAGGACAAUUAUUCGGUUGAGGAGCGCUACUGUGAAUCUCUCUUCAAGUCCACGACGACCCGCACCGCUGAGGGUCGUUACAUGGUUCGACUGCCACGAAAACCUGAAUUCGAAGCCAUGAUGGGAGAGUCCCAGAUCAACGCCUAUCGCCGAUACGAAAUGCUGGAGCGGAGAUUUGAGAGGAGCCCAACACUCAAGGAGGAUUACCACAAAUUCUUGAAGGAGUACCUGUCCCUCGGCCAUAUGCGGUUGGUCGAGUCCGACAACGAAGGCAAUUCUACAGCAUACUAUUUGCCACACCAUCCCGUGCUGAAGGAGUCGAGCACAACAACGAAGCUCCGAGUAGUGUUCGACGGCUCGGCUAAAACCUCGACUGGCCACUCGCUCAAUGAGGCGCUCUGUGUAGGUCCUGUAGUACAGGAUGACCUCAUAACGAUUCUUUUAAGGUUUCGCACCUUUUUGGUUGCACUUGUCGCGGACAUAGCAAAAAUGUACAGACAAGCUCUGGUACACCCUGACGACACCCAUCUGCAACGCAUCCUGUGGCGAGUUUCUGCCAGCACAGUUAUCCAUGUUUUCGAGCUGCUUACCGUUACUUACGGUCUUGCUCCUUCGUCGUUCUUGGCAACCCGUGUGCUUCAGCAGCUAGCUAUAGAUGAAGGCGAUGCAUUUCCUCUCGCCGGACCAGCGUUGCGAAAAAGCUUCUACGUAGAUGAUUUCAUCGGUGGUGCCAAUUCCAUAGAAGAAGCGAUCAGUCUCCGUGAGCAAUUAGAAGAUUUGAUGCAACGGGGUGGAUUCGACUUGCGUAAGUGGACGUCCAGUCGUUUCGAAGUUCUGCAGGGAUUGGACAAAGAGCACAUCGGCACCCAGUCAACGCUUUGCUUUACCCCCAACGAGUCCAUUAAGGCACUAGGAAUCGUCUGGGAGCCCGAAAAUGAUGCCUUUCGAUUUGAUUCAGCGAUCCAGCCACGUGACGCUCCACCUACGAAGAGAUCGAUACUAUCGGAUAUCGCCAAGCUGUUUGACCCUCUAGGACUGAUAGCUCCUGUAGUCGUACGCGCAAAAAUCCUUAUGCAGGAGUUGUGGUUGCUUUCUUCGGAUUGGGACGAACCAGUUCCCGAUUCCAUUCGCAUCAGAUGGGAGAGUAUUUGCAAUGAGUACCCCCUCAUCUCAUCCUUCCGAGCUGAACGCUACGCUUUUCUUCCAAACUCCCGAGUUGAGCUUCACACCUUCGCGGAUGCAUCGGAAUCGGCGUACGGAGCAUCCUUCAUCGCUGCCUUGCGACGGUUUAUUGCCCGACGUGGACGACCAAGCCACAUACAUUCGGACAAUGGAAAGAACUUCGAAGGCGCAAAGGGAGAACUCACCGAAAUGUUCGAAAUUUUUCGGAAACGUAACGAGAGAGAAACAAUAGUAUCCACCUGCGCCGAGGAGGGAAUAGUGUGGCAUUUCACUCCGCCAAAAGCCCCCCACUUUGGAGGCUUGUGGGAGGCGGCCGUCAAGGUAGCCAAGAGGCAUUUAUUCCGUCAACUAGGUGCGUCGCGGUUGAGCUACGAGGAUAUGGCCACUGUCCUCUGCCAAAUCGAAGCCGUGAUGAAUUCAAGGCCACUUCUGCCGAUGUCGGAUGAUCCCAAUGAUUUGGCUGCACUCACUCCGGCUCAUUUCCUAAUCGGCACCUCCAUGCACGCCUUGCCCGACCCAGACCUGCUGCACAUCACGGAGAGUCGACUGGAGCACUACCACAAGCUGCAACUGCACGUACAGCAAUUCUGGAUCCACUGGCGUAAGGAAUACCUGCAGGAACUCCAAAAGGACACGAAAUCGGCGGAACGCAACAACUCUAUCCAACCGGGACGAAUGGUCGUCAUCGUCAAUGAGCAGCAAGCACCAAUUCGCUGGCCGCUAGCCAGAAUAGUCGAUCUGCGCCCUGGAACGGAUCAAAUAACUCGUGUGGUCACGCUUCGCACUGCAAGAGGAAUAAUUACCCGUCCAAUAACGAAAAUCUGCUUGCUUCCUGACGUUUCCGCGGAAUCCGGCGAUGGACAUCGACUUCCCGAGGAGAUCGACCCGUGA